AUGCAAGAGAAAGAAUAUUGUGUUUCUGGGUUUAAUUGGGGAAGGAUAGACAUUGAUAAAAAUUCAGUUCAAUUAACACAUGAUGGGCACUUAAUAUUCAAAAUGAAUCCAAAAGAUUUUACAAAAAGUUCUAUCUCCAAUAAAACUGAAGUUUCAAUUGAGUUUGAUGAUUCUAAAGAUGGAGAUGCAUUAUCUGAAAUUAAAUUUUUUGCACCACAAACUGAACAACAAAAUGAUAAAGACAAUGCAACAGAAUUAUAUGACAAAAUUGCUGAAGUUACUCCAACCAAUGCAGCAGGUAAAGAAGUCUGUUUAUUUGAGAACAUUGGCUUUUUGUCACCAAAAGGGCAUUAUGAUGUAAAGAUUUAUGAAGACUCAGUGAGAGUACAAAAUAAAACUUAUGACUUCAAAAUUAAUUAUAGAGAUAUUGCUCGUUAUUAUAAACUUAGAAAGGAUGAAGACACAUCAUUCUUUAUUCUUAAUUUAUCUAACCCUUUAAAAAAAGGAAAAAGUGUUUAUGAAUGCCUUGUUAUGGAAUUAUCUUCAAAUGAAGAAGUUACAGCAGAAUUACAUUUAACUAAAGAAUUUGAGGAUAAAACUGGAUUAGAAGAAUCAAUGACAGACAAUGAAUUAGAUCUUUUUGUAGAGUUAUUUAGAAGUUUAUGUAAUGUACCAAUUAUUUCAUCAGGACAUAAGUUUAAAACUAAUGACAGUCAUUUCUUAAAAUGUAAUUUAAGUACAAAUGAAGGAUUCUUAUUCCCAAUGAGUGAUAGUUUUAUCUUUGUAUUUAAAAGAAUUAGAAUUAUAAUGUUUAAGGAUAUUAAGAGUGUUGAUAUUUUAAGAAUGAAUGCAAGCAAUGAUAAUAAAACAUUUGAUUUUGUUAUUAAUUUAAAAGGAAGAAGAGGUAGUUUACAAUUUACAGGAAUGAAUAGAAAUGAAUAUGAAAACUUAGUUGGAUACUUAAAAGAAAGUCAGUUAAAAUUAGAAGAAACAUUACAAAAUACUGAAAGAAGAAUGGAAGAAGAUGACGAUAGUGGAGAUAAUGAUGAAGAGUAUCAUGCAGAAGAAGAAGAAUCAGGAGAUGAUGAUAUUAUGUCAGAAAGUGAAGAAGAAGAAGAGGAACAACAAUAA